AUGCCCAGCGCAACGUCAUCAGGCGCCGACGCCGGCAGCGGCGGGACCGCGCGAGCACGAGAGCACAACCAGGGGAACCAGGACCGAAAGUACACACCAGACCAGAAGGCGGCGGUGCUGCGGAUCCGGCAGUGCAACGCGACGGCCUUCUACGAGAUCCUGGAGCUGGAAACGAAGUGCAGCGACGGCGCCAUCAAGAAGGCCUACCACAAGCAGUCGCUGCUGACGCACCCGGACAAGAACGGCCACGAGCACGCCGCCGAGGCCUUCAAGAUGGUGUCGCGCGCCUUUUCUGUGCUGGGUAAUAAGGAGAAGAGGGAGAAGUUUGACAGGUUCGGCACGGAUCCGGACUCGAGGUUCGAGAGCCAGCGCGCGCAGGCCGGUGCGAAUCCGUUUAGUGGCUUUGGUGGCGGACGGGCGGCGAGUGGUGGUGGCCCGGGGGCCGGGGGAGGGGGAGGUGGCAUGUGGGAGGAUGAGAUCAGCCCUGAGGAGAUGUUCCAGCGCUUCUUUGGAGGGGCGUUUGGUGGUCCUUUUCGUGGUGGUGGGCCCUUCGACACAGGACCGCAGUUCGUCUUCAACGUCGGUGGCAACAGGAACUUCCGCGUGCACCAGUUCGGCGGCGGCCAGCCCAGAAGAAGGCCACGCGAUCCGCAACAACCACAGACAGGCUGGGAUACGCUCGUCGGGCUCCUGCCCAUCCUCUUCCUCUUCCUCUUCCCGCUUCUCACAUCGCUCUUCUCGGGCGGCGAGUCGCAGCCGGCGGUCCCGAACAUGGCCUUCGACGGGCCGCUGCCCCCGCUGACGCACCACCGCACGACGCCCAGGCUCCACGUCGACUACUACGUGGACCCGCACGAGGUGGCCGGCUGGUCCGACUACAAGUUCAAGCAGCUGGACAAGGAGGCUGAGGUCGGGCUCGUGCGCCUGCUAAGGCGGCAGUGCGACACCGAGAUGCGCACCAAGCAGUACCUCGUCGACCAGGCCUCCGGCUGGUUCUUCCAGGACCCCGACAAGAUGAAGAUCGCCCGCGACUUUGAGAUGAGCUCGUGCCACCGCCUGGACUCGCUGGGCGUCUCGCGGUAA